AUGGAGAAGUUCCUGAGGCCGGAACGUCUGGAUACUACGCCGAACUCUCCCACCGCUUCAAAGGAGUGGCGCCACUGGUUCCGGACCAUCAAUACGUUCCUCACCUCCAUUUCUGCUCUCGAGCCCGACAAGCUAGCCACGCUCUGCAAUUUCGUCCCCCCAUCUGUGUACGAAUAUAUAGCCGACUGUGUCUCGUACGACGCCGCCAUCCUGGUUCUGCAUGACUUGUACAAAAAGCCGAAGAACGAAGUGUUCGCCCGUCAUCUACUAGCUACCAGGAGGCAACACUCGGGCGAGAGUUUGGACGAAUAUUUACAGGAACUUCGUCAUCUCAGCAAAGAUUGCAACUUCAAAGCUGUUUCAGCAGAGGCGAACAGAGACGAGUAUAACCGCGACGCUUUUAUCAACGGUCUGCUAUCUCCUAUGAUCAGACAGCGUCUCUUAGAAAACAAGACUCUCGAUUUAGCAACUGCGUUCGACCAGGCUCGCGUGCUCGAUCUGGCUCAAAGAAACUCCGAGUCCUAUCUUCGGUCUCAGGCUCCUAUGAACGCUGCCGCUGUUACUUCACCUGAGAAAAUCGACAGCGAUGACUCUCCCCUCUCCGCUGCCACUCAACAACCAAAUUGUUAUUUCUGUGGUGGAGCACGGCAUAACCUACCUCAGUGUCCUGAACGAGAUUCAACUUGCCACAAAUGCAACAAGAAAGGCCAUUUUGCGAAAGUAUGCAGAUCAUCUCGUUACUCACCUGCUACUUCAUCUUCCACUUGUGCGGUCUUACACUCUCCUACUUUGGCGGCAAUAUCUGCGAUUUCCCCUGUCUGUCUCGCUCGAUCUACAGCUACAGCCAUCGUUGAUACCGGGAGCUCAAAAUCGUUUGUAUCAAACCGCUAUAUCCAGCAGAAGUCUCUGAAGUGUCAUCCAGGGUCAGGUCACGUGUCUAUGACCUCGUCUUCCCUAUCAUUGCCAGUACUAGGUCACUGUACCGUACACAUUACCCUCAAGGGAAACUCUAUCCAGAUACUCGACUAA